AUGGCCUUUCGAGUGAACGGCAUCCUACAAUCGGCAAUUACAGUUGCGGCUUUAACUGUCUUCUAUCAAGUAUGGCUGAAAGACAUACUCUUCAUCACGCUUGGAAUCGGGAAAUCGGUAUUACCAAUCGAAGAGUUCCCCUACAGAUGUGAACGGGUACCCAACAAACUUGAGGGCUGCGGAGAUAUGUGGCUAGACGAGAGAAAUCGAAUCUUGUAUGCGGCUUGUACGGGUGUCGAGGCUCGGAGGGAGUGGAAUCCAAGCCUCUCGAAGUUCAACGUUUCUGGCCGUCGCCCGACUGGAUCGCAACUCAUGGCUAUAUACAUUGACAAGCCUGGAAAGAACGGAAAGUUCAAGAUGCAUAGAAUCCAGCCUACGAAGUAUGGCAGUGGACGCGGCGAAGGACACCUGGAUUUGGCCGGGUUCGAUGUUGAAGUUAUCGACUCAAGUACGGUUCGGUUCUGGCUGCUAAACCAGAGACCUCCACGUGAUACUGGGGGAAACCUAUUGGAUGCAAGGAAAUUGGGAUCCAAUGUUACGAUUGAAGUGUACGAGCAUAAGAGAGGCAAACAGAGCAUGGUCUACGUUUCGACCAAGACGAACUCAUCGAUGCACUCGCCGAACAAGAUCGCAUUCUUGGGCAGUAACAAUUUCGUCGUCAGCAAUGAUAGAUCUGCAAAGGUAGGACUGCGAAAACGAUUCGAUCUUAUUCUUGGUGGAGGCAAUCUAGUGCACUACGAUGACUGGUUCGACAAAUACACGGCUACCGCGAAGAAGCUGCCCAUUCUGGGUCAGUUUGUUCGUGGAAAUGAUGACAGAAUGUAUGUGCCAUCAUUGGCUGACAAUAAAAUUCGCAUUUUCGAACUAGAAGAGAGCGGAGCUUUCGCCCAUAGGCAUUCCAUCGCAAUGGACAUGCCGAUCGCAAGUAUCACGCAGGACUCAAACAACGAUUUCUGGGCCGUCGGAAGAACUCGGCACGAUCCGAUCGGAGAUGCAAGUUCAGCCGCAAUCUUCAAGAUUGAGCGGUUCCUGGAAAGGAGAUAUCGCUAUGUCACGACUAAGGUGUUAGAGGAUCAGGAGAGCAAGUCCCUGAGCGGUGCCUCAAUAGCCAGGCACGAUGUCAAGACGGGCCGAAUUUUUGUCGGAGGUGAGUAA